AUGUUUGAAAAUCCCCCCAGCAACCCUAACUCCAGGUGGCCACACCCGCCAGAGGGCGGUGCAGGCGGUGGGGGUGGCCACACCCGCCAGUGGGCGGUGCAGGCGGUGGGGGUGCUGGACGGGCAUGGAGGAGGCGAGGCCAGUCAGCUCGCAGCCUCGCGCCUCCUCCCUUCCUUGCGCGCCAGACUCGCCGCCCUGCCUGCUCUCAGUGGAAAACAGUCGCAGUGUGACCGCAGGGCCGUGCAUGAGUCGCGGGCAGCAGCUGGACAAUAUUGUGGGAGGGAUGGUGAUGGGAGGGAUAGGCGUGAGGAUGGGAGGGAUGGUUGUGAGGGCGUGGGAGGUGGCAAGAGGCGUGCGGGUUUUGCUGGCGAAGGGACAGCAGAGGAGAGAGGGAAAGGCAAGGAGGAGGGGGAGGAGGCUGGUGAGACCGAGAGGGAGUGGGAGGAGCAGGAGAGGGUGAGAAAUCGGGUGCUUGAAGGAGUGUUAGCAGGCGCUCUAGAGGAUGUGGAUACGGAAUUCGCACAGCGCUCCAGUGUUGGCACUUUGGUCUGGCUCCACGGCUGCUGUGGCCCUCCUUGUCUUCCACUGCUUGCUGCGCACUUCCCCAUCCUCAUCAACCAUCCCACCCAUUUGCUCCCCACUUCCGUUUCCCUUGCUCACUAUCAUGCUUGCUCUCACAGGAGGCUCGCAAGCACCACUGGUGGUUUGGGUCCGCGGUUGCUGUGGCUCUCCUUGCCAUUCAACCUCAUCUGCCACCCUACUGUGUGCAAUGCAAUUCACUCCCCCUCACUAUCAUGCUCCCUCUCACAGGAGGCCCGCAAGCACCGCUGGUGGUCUGGGUCCACGGCUGCGGUCGCCCUCCUUCUCUUCCACCGCCUGUUGCCCUCGCCUCCUUGCUGCCACCCCCACCGCACACGCCCUACUCUCAACGACAACCCCACCUGCUACCAGCACUCAUGCUCUCCUGAUGCACGCACAGCUGUCCAAGAACAUGAAAUCGAGUGGGAGCUGCCGCAUGUGGCUUCUGAGUCGACUCACAAGCCACCCAGCCACCACAAGCACUCGUGCUCUCCUGAUGCAUGCGCAGCUGUCCAAGAAGAUGAAACCGAGUGGGAGCUGCUGCACGUGACAGUGGCCAACAUAGGAGACUCCAAGGUUCUAGUCUGUGGCGGGGGCAAGAGGAGUGGAGGCCUGGCAGUAGGGGUCCGAGAGAGGCCGGGGAAGGAACAGCGAAUUGGCCAGGAGCUAGGAGAUGCGGAGCCGGGUUUGUUGGGGACUUCUCGGAAGCAGGGUGUGGGUGUAGCAGAGAAGGGUGUGGUGGAGGCUGUUGGAGGAAAGAAGGUUGUGUUGGCACAUGCCAUUGCUGCAGCAGCAGGGCUGCGUGAGCUGAGGUGGCCGAUGGGAGGAGUCAUGGACAGGGGCAGGGAACCUGUUUCGGUGUGCGGGUGCAGACAGGCAGCCAAACAGAGCAUGGACCAGCAAGAGCUUCGUCGCUUGGCGGUUCUGCAGAAACGGAAGCAGCGCCUUCGCGAGCAGCAGAGGCGACAUGCGCUGGUGAAGUACAAGCCGCAGGAGGAGCAGACGCAGAGGCAGCAGCAGCAGCAGCAGCAGCAGCAGCAGCAGCAGCAGCAGCAGCAGCAGCAGCAGCAGCAGCAGCAGAAGCACGAGCAACAGAAGCAGCAAAGGCAGGCGUUACCCGUGCCCCACGAGCAGCAACAGAAGCAGCAGGAGAAGCAGCAGCAGGAGAAGCAGCAGCAGGAGAAGCAGCAGCAGGAAGGGGAGCGCUCUGCCUCAUUGUGCACGACAGAGCUGACCGACGACCACAGAGCAGACAGAGAGGAUGAGAGGAGGCGCGUGGAGGCGAUGGGGGGGAGAGUGGAGGAGCGGGGUGGGGUGGCACGCGUGCAAGGCGAGCUGGCUGUGACUCGCGCCCUUGGGGACCUGCAGUACCGGCCGUGGGUGGUUGCCACGCCUGAGAUCACUGAGUGGGUGGUGAGCCGUGGGGUGUCAGGUCGCGGGGCAAGGGGGCCAUGUGUGGGAGGUAGUGGGGUGGAUGGGAAGAGGAUUGGGCGGGUGGUGAAGAAAAAGGAUGCAGCAAGGGAGGAGUCGAGAGAGGAGGGUAAAGAGGAGGGGGGACGGGGUUUGGAAGAAGAGUGUGUCCAGGUUAUGAAUGGGAGUAGAGCAGUGGAAGGGCGAGAAGGUCAAGCUGGCCAAGAAACGCAAGCAGGACGAGCAGGUUUGGAGGGACGUAAUGGAAAGGAGCAUGUAGUGAGUGACAAGGACGGAGCAGAAAGGGAGGAGGUUGAGGAAGGCGAGGAGGAGGAGAAGGAAAAGGAGGAGGAGGAGUUCCUGGUCGUGGCAACAGAUGGGGUUUUUGAGCGAAUGAAACCGUGCCAAGUGUGCGGCAUUGUGGCCAGGGCGAGACAAGCCCAGAGGGGGAAGGAGAGGCGGAGAUUGGGGGAGCCGAGCAAUGAAGGUCCUGGUAGAAGGAGGAGCGAGAGAAGCGCUCGUAGGGAUAACAAUGAUGGUGGUGGUGGUGGUGAUGGUGAUGAUGCUGGUGAUUGCAAUGGGGAUGAGGAGGGGGAGGAAGAAGACGCAGAGGGGGAGGAGGAUGAGGAGGAUUGGGUGCUUGACAGUGCAGCUGCUGCGGCAUCUGGCGGUGGGAGUGAGAGCACAGAGGGGUCACUGCUCCAGGCCAUUCCCCUGCUGAUAGGGCAGCAGGAAGGGGAAGAGACUGGAGCUCUUGCUGUGGUGAGUGGGAAAGGGCAGUCAGCACUGCCUGAGGGGGCACAGGAGAGUGCGCAGGGAGGAAUGCAGCUGCCUGUGCAGCAGCAUGGGCACUUGGAAGCGGCGAGGCAGCAGCAACAAGGGAGGGAGCAGCAGCAGCAGGGGAGGGAGCAGCAGGGGCGGCAGCAGAAGCAGUUGAUGGUGCAGCGAGGGCAGCUGCCGUUCUACUGGAUGCUGGAGGGUGUGGAGCAGGGUCCGCUCAUGUGCAUGCGCAGGGAUGAUGGUCAACUGCCAGUGCCCAGCCCCGCAAACCCAGAUGCUGGCGCCAGUAGCCGUCCUAUCCACACCCAUGCCUCCCCAACGGCUGUAGCACUCUCUGCCACCCAUGCUACAGCUCAUGCAGCAACUCCAGUUCCACCCAAGACCCCCGCCUCAGACACCCUGGCCUCAACCACCCUUGUAUCACAGCCACACGCACUCUCUCAACAGCAAAGCAAUCGACGAUUGACACCGCCCGCCGAUAGCUCUGCUCCCUUGCCUCCAACUCCCCUAGUGCCUCCCAGCCGCCUCGCAGUGGGGCCAGUGCAACAGCAAGAAGCCAUUAUGCCGUCGGAGGUGCCUUCACAGCACAGGAAACGCCCAGCAGCGCCAUCCAGCCUCCCCUCCUCCUCAGCCCAUUGCUACGAGCUGCUCAAACCCCUUCCUGUUGCUGCUGCUUCUGCGUCUCGCCCCUCCCUGGGGCCUCUUUGGCGUGACCGCGCCUGGCAGAAGCCUCCCCAAUACCUCGAUGCUGGUUCCAGAACAGGCCAUGUUACAGUGGCUCAGCAUGACCCAGCUCUUCCUGCUGACUCCUCCUCUUAUCCCAAUCCUGUAGCAGGCAGCAAUGCAGCGGCUGUGUCUGCUGCUGUUGUUCAAACCCUGAAUCGCCGUAAGAGCAGUAGCCGCAGCAGCAGCCGCAGCAGCAAUGGUGAUGGUAACAGGAAUGCUGAAAGCAAGAUUAAGGAGCAAGGGAUGGUGCAAGGACUUGACCAGCAAGGUUCUGACCAAUCAGCUGAGCCCAGUCCGCCAGGCAGCCAGCUGGCAGCUCUCGGUGCACGGGCUGUUAUGGAAGCCUUCCAGUGCCUGCUCAUCUGGCCCCCGUUACAGUCACACUCCUCCUCAACCCCUGCCACCUCUUCCAACGACCAUCUCACCACUCUGCACUCCUCAAAAUCGCUUCAACCGCUGGGACGUCCGCCGGCUUAUUCACCGCAUCAAAUCCCAGCGCAGAACCAAAUCCCACGGCAGAAUCAAAUCUCAGCUCGAGAUCCUGUUCCACUGGAGAGUCAAAUCAUACCUCACACUCCCAAGAUGGAAAAAACCCCAUUCUCCUCUCAAGCUCUUCAGCCCCUCACUCACUCUCCCCCCUCACGUUUCUCCCACCCCCUCGCACUCUCUCCUCUCACACUCCCUUCUGAAGCUUCUCACUCCAAACCAACUCCCAAGCCACUUCUGUACCCAGCCACAAGCCUGGCAAUCCCCGCACCUCUCGGCCUGGUUCGGUUUCUGAACCUGCUAGGCUCGGUGCCGCUGCUCCUACCAGGCCUCCCUGGAAAGAGCGGCAUGGGAAUGGAGAAGGAGGGAGGUGGGGGAGAGGGGUUGGUGAUUAAGGGUAGGGUGGAGGUCAGGGGGGGUGAGGAUGAAGGGAGUUUCAAGAAUAUGAUAGAGGAAAAGGAGGAGAUGGAGGAGGGGAGUUUGCAGGAAGAGAGAGGUGGGGAGGAAGAAGAAUGGGGGGAUGUUGAUGUGACAGAUGGCGAUUGGCCGAAGCACCAGAUGGGAUUUGUGCAGCGCAGGUACGUGCUGCAGAAGAACUUUGCACGGGGGGGAUUCGGAGAGGUGUGGCUGGCUGUGAGGAGGGACCCCUGCCACCGGCCCUCCAGUGCCCGCCUGCCUGCACAUCCCCCAUCUCCUUCUGCGAAAGCAGCUGUCAGUUUAGAUGCAGAAAGUACAUAUGGAUCAUUUGGUCGGGACAGUGUUGCACUUGAGAGGGCUGUGGGUGGGAGGGGAGAGGAGGAAAGAGAGCUUGUGAUGGAACAUGAGGGAUUGCAGUAUUCAGAGUGGCAAGAACAGGUGGAGGGCGAGAAGGAGGAGGAGAAGACGAGGGAAGUACUGGAGGUGAAAGUGGAAGGGGAGGAGGUGAAAGAGGGAGGGAAGGAGGAGAAAGAGGAAAGGGAGGAGGAGGAAGGGGAGGUGGGAGAGGAGGAAGAGGAGGAGGAGGAGGAAGAAGAGGAGGAGGAAGUGGAAGGGGAGGAGGGAGAGGAGGAAGAGGAGGAGGAGGAAGAAGAGGAGGAGGAAGUGGAAGGGGAGGAGGGAGAGGAGGAAGAGGGGGAGAAGGAGGAAGAAGAGGCGGAUGCCCCGCCACUGUUCGUGCUCAAGCGGCUUCUGGUGAGUCGAUUUUCCAGUCUGGUGGUUUUCAGUCGACUCAAGGACAGGCGACAGUGCAGUGCAGCGCAGUCUGCUGUUCUGGAGACUGUUGAGGCUCUGGUGCCUAGAGCAGGAUUACUGCACUGCACACUAGUGCAGGCCACUGUUGUGCUGUUCUCAAGAUUCAAGGGUCAGGGCCUCGCCCACCACGUUCUCGUUCAUCUUCCCCCAUGCUCAUCACCCCCACCCCUUCCCCAUCUUCGCUGCCCCUGUCCACCGCACUGUUCCUCUUGGAUGGCUUCAGACGGGGGAGGACAAUCUGCAGUGCGGUAUUCCCUCUCAACCCCCCCUUUCUCUCCCCAUCCUGUUCUUCCUACUCGUCCUCCUCUCCCUGUCCACCACUGUGGGUGGGUUCAGGCGGGGGAGGGCGCUCGACUGAGUGGGCUGCGAGAGAAGUACUUUGGGGAAAUGCUUCUCAACGCGACCAAUCUGGUGCUGCCACGUGGCACCUGCCGUCAUGGCAGAGGCAACAAGAGGGAUGGUGCGAUUCGUGGCCCUGAAGUCCUUACGGGCGACGACGCGGACGGUGACGUGGAUGGUGACGUGGAUGCUGACGUGGAUGGCGAUAUGGAUGCUGACGUGGAUGAUGAGCUGGUGGAUGCGAUGGGUCUGCAUCACAUUGCACGCUACAUUGAGUCGUUCGAAACCACCGCCAGUGGUGGCGGCACAACCACCACUAGUGGUGCCAGCAGCAGUAGCGACGAUACUCCCACCACCAGUGGUGAUGCUGAUGCUGACGCUGGUGCAGUUGGCAAUGAAGGGCGGGGAGAGAAGCAGCGGGAGGAGGCGAGCAAGGAGGCGAGGAAGGAUCUGUGGCUGGUGUUUGUGCACGAGGGGGUGUCACUCUCGUCCCUGCUGUACACGAGUGAUGCUGAUGGGGAGGGAGGCGAAGAGAAGGAGGAAAAAUCUGAGGAAGGAGGGCAGGAAUGGGAGGGAACGGAACAAGAGAAUGGAGAGAGAGAAGUCAGGGGGAACGAGAAGAGCGGGCAGCCGCAGGCGAGUGCGGAGCAUGUAAGUGGGCAGCAGCAGCAGGCAAAGAGCGGGCAGCACAGCAUGAUGAGGCCGUCAAGGUGGUGGCGAUGGCUGUGCUCCACAGAGGAGGGCGAGGAGACAGUGAGGAGCAUCCUGAGACAGACGCUGCUGGGACUGGCUGCCUUGCAAGCGCGCAACAUAACCCACCGGGAUAUCAAGCCAGAGAACAUCAUUCUGAAGCCUCAACCCAGGGGGACGAGCAGGGGGUCAGAGUCCGAUCACUCCCCGGGAGCCAAGGGGAAGCAUGCAGGGAGGCGGGCAGGGAGGCGGGCAGGGAGACGGGCAGGGAGACAUGCACCAUCUGCAUCUGCCCGUGACUCCUCCUCCUCACCGUCAGUAGCAGUAGGAGAGGCGCCAGCAGCGGAAGCAGCAGCAACAGGAGCAACAGGAUCCUCGUCGUCAGCCAAUGACAGUGCAACACGUGGCAAUGCUUCCGUGGAAAACCCGCUGCCGGAUUUCAAUGCUGACAUGCACGUGCGUGUGCUUGACCUGGGUUCAGCUGUUGACCCGCACUCUGUUCGCUUCCUCUACGGCCCAACAGGGCCCUCCAGCGCAGAGGAAACCGAGCUCUACUCGCCUCCCGAAGUGCUGUUGCUGCCGCAGAGUCUCCCAAGCACCGGAGGUGUGGGGGAAGGAGCGGGUGCAUCUGGAGAAGCAGAAGCAGCAGCAGGGGGAGGAGCGACUGGGGGAGGUGUUGACUGCGCGCGGAACAGCUCCAGCAGCAGCUGCCUCCACAUCAGCAGCCGCAUGCACUACGGCUACGACAUGUGGAGUGUGGGGGUGCUAAUGCUGGAGCUUCUCUUUGGCUCACCACACGUCUGGUCUCUCCCCCCUCGCACCCAGGCGCUGCUAGAUCGCUCCCUGCAAGCAGCCCAGUGGCCCGAGUCCACCCGGCGAACAGCCUUCCUAUUGCGUGCGUGGAUGGAGCUCUGCAUCUUCACGCCUGCAGUCUUUGAAGCAGGGCCACAUGAGGGGGCUUCUGCAGCAGGAGCGGAGGAGGAAGGGGCGUCCGUAGCAGGGCAAGAGGAGGAACAGCCGUUGGUAGCAGAGGAAAACGAUGGGCCGUCUUUAGCACAAAAGAAGGAAGGAACGCCUGCAGCAGGAGAAGAGGAGGGGAAAGUGAGGAGGGAGGAGGGUGUGGAGGGUGGAGCAGGCGCGAAGACCAGAGGUGUGAGCGACUUGCUGAGGCUGCGCCAGCCGCAUGUGGAGCAUGCUCAUCCACAGGGAUCGGCUGUAGCAGGUGCUGAUUCACAGGAGUCUGCUACAGCAGGUGCACUUCCGCAGGAAGGUGCAGUGGGGGUAGGGGGGGCGCCCAUUGCAGCUGCCUCUGCAGCUUCCGCCCCCUUCCCUCGUUCUGCUAGAUCUAUCACUCCCUCCACCACAGCCAGCUUGAAGGGUCGCACUGCCCACAGCAGCAGGAAUGAAGAGGGAGAAGCAGGAGAGGGCUACAACGGGGUUGGGGAGGCCGAUGAGCAUGGAGAGAACAAUGUGGCUGGACAGGGCAUUGGUAGAGAGGGCGAUGACUCCGUGCAUGGAAGUGGUGCUUCUAGUGGGCGGGCUGGUGGUAGCAGCAGUGGGAGUGGUGCAGAGGGGUGGAGUGUGGUGGCACCGUGGGAGUGCAGCGAGGCGAGCAUUGCAUCACAGCUGAAGCUGAGGGAUCCGCUCAAGAAAGGGUGA